UGUCAGAGAACAUUGUGAUUAGUGCACGAUGUAGUGUUCGGUUAUCACUACUAGUUUCUUAUCAGUUGUGCCGUGUUGAUAUGUAUCAAUGGUUGUGCGUCUGACAUCCAAUGAAGCCACUGGUGGAGGUGAGGCAAGAAGCAGCAACGGAAGUGUUACAAAACCGAAGUGAAAGUUGUUGAAGUGAUAGCUACGUGCUAAAUUAAUGAACCUGACUGUAAACAAAUUAAUGAUAAAAAUAUGCCACACGUGUGGGAAACCUGUGUUGUACAAAUCUGAUGUUUUCACGGUUAUGAUGUGAACGUUUGAGAAGCAUUGCAAGAGUUCGAGCUUUAUUUUAAACACUUCAGAUCCCAAGGCUCAGUUGUUAAACUUUGAUGUCUGAUUGUUGCCAAAACAUUACUUUUUACUUAUUUAUGUUAGAACGUUUUAAAAUUUGUGUGUUCAGCGUUCAAGGUACUGUAUAUCGAUCAGAGAGCCUUGUUGAUUCCUUUGACUGCAAUACAAUACACUUUUGAAAUCGGGUUGUUGGAACAAUUUUCAUCCACGUUGAAGACAGUUCCAUAUUUAAUUUUAAAACACUCGAAUUUUAUAUUUAAAAAAUGUGCGUUCAAAUUCAAACCGUCGCAAAAUCUCUCCACAAAUAUAAACGGACUGCGGCAUCGCGUUGAUUUGGACGUUGGUGGAGUGAUGUGACCAUGUCGUCGGUGGACUUUGACGACGUCUUGGUCCAGAUUGGAGAGAGAGGCAGGUAUCAACAUGUGAUGUAUUAUCUGCUAUGUAUCCCAGCGACUUUGCCUGCUGCCUUCCUAGCCUUCAGUCAGGUGUUCGUGUCUGCAACGCCGGACCACUGGUGUCGUAUCCCGUCCCUCGAACACUUCAUCUUUGGAGGGCUGCCGUUAUCGCCAGAGCAACAGAGGUUCGUCGGAGUUCCCUCGCAGGUUCUGGAGGACGGGUCCAGGAAGUAUGACCAUUGCCUCGUGUACGAUAUCAACCUCACCGACUGGUUGUCUCUUCACAACGGCUCCUUCCUGCCUCCCCCAGACCCAGAGUGGCCUACGGUCAAGUGUCCGCAUGGCUGGAACUACGACCACAGAGACUAUGACAGCACUCUGGUGACAGAGCUAGAUCUAGUCUGUGACAAGAGCUGGUGGGUUUCCACAUCAACUACAUUUUUCUACGUCGGCUCACUUUUGGGAAACGUCGUUUUUGGAUGGAUAGCAGACAGAUGGGGCCGUCGCAAGGCUUUCUUGUCCAUUCUGUUCCUGAUGGUGUUCUCGUCCAUCGCUACAUCGUUCUCACCCAAUUAUCUCGUCUACACAAUUUUAAGAACAGUCAACGGACUCUUCUUUCCAGCCAUCUUCCAGAUCCCCUUCAUUCUUGCACUAGAGAUGAUGGGCCCCAGGUACCGCACAUUCGCUGGGAUGGUCAUAUGCAUGUUCUUUGCCAUGGCGAUGUCUCUACUAGCUUUACUUGGGUACUUCCUACGCCACUGGUUCACUCUAUCGCUCGCCACAUCUGUACCAUUCUUACUGCUUUUCAGUUAUUACUGGAUCACUCCGGAAUCUCCUCGAUGGUUGCUGAGCAAAAACCGAAUCGAUGAAGCAGAAGUCAUUGUUCAGAAAAUGGCCAAGAUGAAUAAAAAACCUGUUCCUCCUAACUUUUUGAGGACAUUGCAGGUAGAGAGUGAGCGUUUGGCAGAGCAUAAGCCUUCAGAGCCAACCUCUGACUUCACAACUCCAAUGGACAUUUUGAGACAUCCGAACAUACGCACAAAGUUCUUCAUCCUCUCGUUUGAUUGGGUGGCUAACGCUGUUGUCUACAAUGGCCUCUCGUACAAUGCUACCAACCUGGGCGUAAGCGACUAUCUCGCUUUUUUCAUAGGAGGAGCCAUAGAGAUCCCCAGCUAUGUGUUGACAUGGUGGGCUAUGGACUAUUACGGUCGCAGACUUGUUCUGUGUCUCUCAAUGCUGCUUGGAGGAGUAGCCUGUGUUUCAUGUUUAUUUGUACCUGAAAAGGCUGUGUGGGUCACAGUCUCUCUGGCGAUGGUGGGCAAGUUCGGCAAUGCGGCCGCCUUCGCAGUGUUCUACGUCUUUGUUGGGGAGUUACUGCCCACUGUACUCCGCAGUCAAGCUAUGGGCAUCGGAAGUUUUAUUGCUGGCAUUGGACUGCUCAGCUUCCCUCACAUUGUCAACUUGGCAAGGUACAGCAGAGUUAUGCCCCUGAUUGUGAUGGGCACUUUGUCCUUAGCUGGGGCUGCAGUGUCUGUCUUCCUACCUGAGACACUUCACAUUCAUCUGCCCCAAACUAUUGCUGAAGGCGAGGCUUUAAAAGCCACGUUCAGCUUGUGCUCUAUAACGUCCAAGCGCAGACGCAGGAGACCCCCAGAUGCACCUGAAGACCACUCUAACUCCAAGCUGCCCAACGGAGCCCCCGCCACGGACAAUGAACUUCUAGACAUUGUGUCUCCCAUCCAAGUCAUCAUCACAGAUUUUGACGCAGAGAACUCACUUGAGCUUGAGACCAAGCAAUAAUGCACUUAGUGAUAGUCAUAAU